UAGACCGCCGUACAGUUGCAAAAAAAAAAAAAAAGUGUUACGUGCCUAGGCUCCGUACUACGCUACUAUAGCGCAUGAAUGUUCACUGUUGUUUUUUUUUUUUAAUGGGAGGGACAUAUGGUUUUUCCCUCCCUUCAUUUACCGGCCGAAAAAAAAAAACCGGCAGCGCGCGCGCUCGCUUGACUCAACUUUCAAACUAUCGCACAUGCAGCGUUAAAUUAUCCACUGAAACCCGAAACUGUGUCAGACUGUCAGUCUUCUGAGUGGGGAUAAAUAGCUGAACGACAACGCAGGAUGCCGGAAGAGAAGAAAGCGAGCGCUCCCGCUGAUCGCGGUAACAUGGUCGCCGCUAUCAUCUUCAUGCUGGGCCUGGGGACGCUGCUUCCCUGGAACUUCUUCAUUACGGCCUCCCAGUAUUUCAACCAGCGCCUGAAGACGUCAGGGGAGACGGUCAAAGAGUACAACUACGACAGCUGGAUGGUGUUGCUUUCCCAGCUGCCCUUGCUGCUCUUCACGCUGCUCAACUCCUUCUUCUACCAAUGGGUUUGGGAAGGGGUGCGCGUGGCCACAAGCCUGGUGGCCAUCUUGCUGCUUUUCUCGCUGACGGCCGCCCUGGUGGAGGUUCACAUGACACCUGACACCUUCUUCUCUGUCACCAUGGCGACCAUCUGGUUCAUCAACAUGUUCAGCGCGGUGUUGCAGGGCAGCCUGUUCGGGGCAGUGGGCCUGCUGCCGGCUCGCUACAGCACGCUGUUCAUGACGGGCCAGGGCCUGGCAGGGAUCUUCGCCGCUGUCGCCAUGCUCUGCUCCGUCUUGGGUAACGCGGACACUAAGUCUGCAGCGUUGGGCUACUUCAUCACGCCGUGCGUGGCCACGCUGGGAACGCUGACGUGCUACAUGAUACUGCCUCACCUGGAAUUCGCUCGCUUCUACCUGAGGCGGCGUUCGAACGACGUCGACGAGGAGGCGAAGAUGAAAGAACUCCUUCCGAGUGCAGGUUGGUGCGUGAAAAGCGUACAAUUUGCCGUCAAUCUUAACGUCCUGUCGAUCAUCCCUCGACGUUCUUUGGCAGACGGACACGUCGUGAGCAGCAAAGACGGAAAACAUUUGGAGGCCGACAGGAGGUUGAUGGGCGAGCCUUUGGAGCGGUCGUCCGUUUUGCUCGUCUUCAAGAAGAUCUGGCCCAUGGCGUUGUGCAUCACAUGCGUGUUUGCCGUCACGCUGUCAGUGUUUCCCGUGGUGACGGUGCGUGUGGAGACCGUCUACAAAAAGCACACCGACUGGGACAAAGUGUUCACAUGCGUUUGCUGCUUCGUGGUAUUUAAUGCCAUGGACCUGGUGGGCCGUGGCACCCCCUCCAUAGCACAGUGGCCGUCCAAGGACAGCUGUGUGUUCCCGUGCGCCGUUGUGUCGCGUGUGCUCUUUAUUCCAUUGCUGAUGAUGUGCAACAUUCCUGGUUCGAAGCUGAGCGUCUUCCUGUUUCACCACGACGGCGCCUUCGCCGCCAUCAUGGCGCUCUUCGCCUUCUCCAACGGGUACCUGGCCAGCCUCUGCAUGGCCUACGCGCCGCAGCUUGUGGGCCAGCGAGACUGCGAGACGGCCGGCUCGCUCAUGACCUUCUUCCUGGUUCUGGGUUUGGCGCUUGGUGCUGCGCUAUCUUUCCUGCUGGGAAAGCUGCUCUAGUCGUAAACAACACGCACGCAGGCAACCAAAUACGACUGGGCAAGUUGUUCAACCAUUUAAAAAGCAUCUUACCAAGAAUAGGUGUCCUUUUUCCAGUCAAAGGUUCUGAUUACACUUGAAAUAAGACUCAUCAUGUAAAAGUACAGUGGUGCCUAGAAAAAGGAGUGACCUGGGUUUUAUAGAUACAAUUGGUCGAUUGGCCGAGUUUUUGGUUUCACUUGCAUACAUGCAGAUCAGUCGCCUUUCGACGAAAUUCACCGUUUUGAACUCAGAAUAGGCCAUAAACGUGAAUCGUAAACAGCCGACGAGUUUUUCCUUGGAGCUUUCAUGUAUUGUAGUAUUUGUGGAUAUUUCAGCGCAUUUAUAACUUGAGAAAAUGCCGUACAGUAAAUUGGAAAUGUUUUUUAUUUUUUUAUUGUGUGUGCUAUUUACUCAGUACUUGAGUUAUUAUUUCGCUGUGUACUUUUUACUCAAGUAUCUUUGGGGAGGACUACGUUUUACUUGUGUCACAUGAUUGUCAAGUAACAGUACUCUCACUUGAGUACAAUAUUUGGCUACUCUGCCCACCUCUGGAGCGGACAUCCUCUAUUGCUACUCUUACGUUUAAGCAACAUUUUUGCUCAUCAGAACAGCCCGUGUCGUAUUUGCUGCACUGGUCUUUUGUAUUUUCGCAUUGAGGUGGCACUGGUUGUGGUCCCAGCGGAACCGCGAAGCACACGUAGCAUCGGCGACAAAAGCUGAUCCGCUCGUACAUCUUGUAUUAAUUAGGAAACGCGCCAACAAUUAACUAAUUAGUUCACGGAUGUUCAUGUUAAAUGUAUUAAGCGACGGAGCGAUGUUAGGGAUUAUGUCACAACACAGAGUAAACGAAAUUCAAAUUAAGAAGUGGCCAGUAAAAACAGAAACAUAUUGUACUUAAUAUUUUCCUGGAGGAUGCAAUUGGGAUUAGCCUUUGAAGUUGUUAAUAGUGAAAAAUAAAGUGAAACAGACUGAUUUUAGUCAAUUCUUUUCCAGAAUGAGAUUGCUUAAAGAGGAGGAUGCUAUUCCUGUGGCACAGCUUGAAGCAGGCAUCAGGUGCAGGUGGAGAUGGGCCUGGCUCAAGUUGGAGGCCAAAACAAAAAAGCAAAGAAAUGAGGCAAAUUUAAUUUGAAUCUUAAAUUUGUGCAUCAACGUGCACUUCAGCGGUGUAAAUAAAUGCUUUUCUGCAUGAAGAA